AUGGCCGACGCUGACGAAGAUGCCCUCAUCCAACCUCCCUCCUCCCACGACCAAUCCGCCCACAUAGACCAAGACCUAUCCGACGAAACUCAAGACUUCCGCUUCCUGAAUUCUCUGUCCUUCCUCCCUGACCCGAACCAACCAGCCUCCCUCCCACGCCGGGGGGAAAAGGACUUCGAACCAAACCCGACACUACGCCAGACCGAUGUCCUCGUCGCGUCGCGCGAUGCUAUGCACAAUGCGCUCGCAUACCCAAGGCUACACAACCCGAAAACGCGUGUGGUGGGCAUCUACUGUCCGACGGGGCUGUUAAGGCCGGCGCACGCUGAAGGAUCCGACAGCGCGGAUACGGAAAGUGGUGGCCAAGUAGCAGUUAACGAGGAAAGGAAACAGGAGGAAAUUUGCAAAGUGGAGGACAGAUAUGAAGAACAGAUAGUGCCUCCGAAAAAGAAAAACCCUCGACCUCAUGGAGUCGGUAGGGGCACCUGUGUCUGUGUCCCCAGUCCGCGGGGCCAGCAUUUUAGGACCGUCGGUCGAUCCGAUCAGUGGAAUCGCAUGUGGCUGCUACCUGAAGAAGCUCUAUACCUACUGGAAAGGGGCAGCUUGGAUGUCCGGUGGCCUGCGCGGGCGGGAGGACAUGGAGCCAAAGGCGCCGUCACGGAACAUGGAGAAAAUGUGGAGGAUGCGGACGGAGGAGUCCCAAUGAGUUUACAAGUAGCAUACGCAUGCUUCCUCGGACGUGGGGGAUUAACAUUGCAACGGUAUAUUGUCUACGCGAACCUGAGGAGGGGUGGUUAUGCAGUGAUUCGUGCUCCAAGUUGGGAUGACUGUGACGGCAAUGAUGACAACAGGGCGGUUAAUCAGGUUGCAACUGAUGCGGCCGUUGCAACGACUGGAGCUGGGAUACGUGCACAUAUGGAGCAGAGCCGCGGGGGGUUAAUCAACUUGCUGACGCGAUUUUUCAACUCACUAUUUGAAACCGGGCCUGCACGACGCUUAGCACACGGGCCCGUCAUCGGGCUAGAUGAUAUCUACCGCGCCCUCUCUAUAAUCACAGCCCAUAACCCAGAGCAACCCGAACCCACUUCGCCCAAACACACUACACCUCCCUACCGCCUGGCUUACUACGUCUACAAACCCUCUACCCCCUUCCGCAAAUCUACUCCAGGAAACCCUGACUUCCGCCUCGCCGUCAUCGACUCCCGCCGCAACCCUACCCUUCCCACUCUCCACGAGUUAUCAGCACUGUUGGAAAGCACGCCGCUCGACCCGCCGCACGGCGAGAAGAUGGAACGGCUGACGUAUAUGCGGCUACGGCAUGGGUGGCGGAAUGUAAUCUUGGCGGUGGUGGACCAGGGGGUUGUGAGUUUUUUGAGGGUGGCGGAUGCCGGUUUUGUUGGGGUGCGGGUUUACGAGAAGGGUGCGCCCAGUGGGAAUAAGGGGGGAGGGCGAGGGCGAGGAGGGAGGGGAGGGCAAAAUGGCCGUGCUGGUGGUGGCCGUGAGCGUAGGAGAUAG